AUGGACAGUUUUGAUGUUUCAACGGAGGAUUUUCUAGCGAAUGGGUUUUACCAGUUCUACACCGAGUUCCACGAAGAUCUGUUCGAUGUGUUCCAACAAGAGGAGUAUCUGUUUGAAAGUUCGAUCGAAACAACCCGUUCAGAGUUCGUUGAUCCCAAACCAUCACCCGGUGAAGUUCAUCCUGCCAAUGAUAUCGACUUGGAAGUAAACGUAGAAAACUUCAUUCUGGAAUACAGUUGCCUCCACUUUAGUGAAAUUUGGGACAAAGACUUCAAGCUUCCGGAACGAACCUUUCUAUGCGAUGACUCUUGCGAUGCAUUUCUUCGUCAAAACACCAGCAAAUGGGAACCACCUGGACCGGCGGAAUCAACUGACAGCAACAGUCCACCGCAGGAGGAACUAUCGACAAGUUAUAUCUGCCCGUUCGAAACAUGUCGGAAGGUGUAUGCCAAACCUGUGCACCUAAAAGCCCAUCUACGACGACACGUGGGCGAAAAACCGUAUCAGUGCAAGUGGACCGGCUGCAAGUGGCGCUUUUCGCGAUCCGACGAGCUAGCUCGACACUUCCGUUCCCACUCCGGAGUUCGACCGUACAAAUGCGACUUUUGUCCCAAGUGUUUCUCGCGGUCCGAUCACUUGGCCAAACAUCGGAAGGUGCACGAGCGAAAGUUUGCCGCCGGCAAGACCAAAGGAGUGUGGGUUAAUUUGCCCCGGGGUAGACCUGGCAGGAAGCCGAAGAAUGCGAUUAAGGAGUGA